AAACCCUACCUUUCAGGAGUCACUCAGCAGAGGAUUUCUCCCAAUUUUCAUCCCAAUUUCUGGCACACAUGGGCAUAAAGGGUUUAACGAAGCUUUUAGCGGAUAAUGCUCCGAAGGCGAUGAAAGAGCAUAAAUUCGAAAGCUUCUUCGGCCGAAAAAUCGCCAUUGACGCCAGCAUGAGCAUUUAUCAGUUCCUUAUUGUCGUUGGGCGAAGCGGCACUGAAAUGCUUACUAAUGAAGCUGGAGAAGUUACUAGUCAUUUGGUAGGAAUGUUCACGCGGACAAUUAGGCUUUUGGAAGCUGGAAUUAAGCCAGUCUAUGUGUUCGAUGGUAAGCCACCAGAUUUGAAGAAACAAGAGCUUGCUAAACGUUUUUCUAAGAGGGCAGAUGCAACGGAGGAUCUAGAUGAGGCUGUGGAGACUGGCAACAAGGAAGACAUUGAGAAAUUCAGUAAGAGGACAGUAAAGGUUACAAAACAACAUAAUGAGGACUGCAGGAAACUCCUUAGACUUAUGGGAGUACCUGUGAUUGAGGCCACUUCAGAAGCAGAGGCACAAUGUGCUGCACUUUGCAAAUCAGGAAAGGUUUAUGCUGUGGCCUCUGAAGACAUGGAUUCCUUAACUUUUGGAGCUCCAAAGUUUCUUCGACAUCUAAUGGACCCUAGCUCCAAAAAAAUCCCUGUGAUGGAAUUUGAAAUUUCCAAGGUUUUGGAGGAGUUGAACUUUACCAUGGAUCAAUUUAUAGACUUGUGCAUUCUUUGUGGAUGUGAUUAUUGUGACAGUAUUAGAGGUAUUGGUGGCCAGACAGCCUUAAAGCUCAUUCGCCAACAUGGCUCAAUAGAGAGCGUAAUCGAGAACAUAAACAGAGAAAGAUACCAAAUCCCAGAUGAUUGGCCAUAUCAAGAAGCUAGGAAGCUCUUCAAAGAACCAGAAGUUGUCACAGAUGAAAACCAACUUGAUUUCAAGUGGAAUGCUCCAGAUGAAGAAGGACUUAUAAACUUUUUGGUAAAAGAAAAUGGGUUCAGCAUCGACAGAGUUACAAAGUCAAUAGAAAAGAUCAAGGCAGCAAAGAACAAGUCUUCGCAGGGGAGAUUAGAAUCAUUCUUCAAACCAGUUGCUAACACAUCAGCGCCUCUUAAAAGAAAGGAAACCAAGUGCAUCCUUGGAUCUCCUAAGUCUCAAGUCAAUCUUAAGAUGAUUUUUGGGAAAGCAACUCUGAAACACCGGCCCAGGGUCAUUGGCCGCUUUGGCCUGCCAACUCCGAAUAUUGGCUCAAAGCAGUCAUUGCUUUUAGCAGGAGUUGGCUUCUUCGGCACGUGAACCUGAAAAACCUUGGAAGCAGCGGAGAAAAUUGAAAAGGAGAAUACAAAUAAGAAGUCGAAGUCUGGUGGUGGAAAGAAGAAGAAAUAAGUCAUUUUUUUCCUUUGAAGUGCCAAAUUGGUUGGUGGAGCCAGUUCUAUGCUGGCAAGGUGAGGAAUUUCCAGAUGCCGCAACAAACUUGGGAUUUCCAGAUGGUGCGACAAACUUGUGUUUCUUCUUGUGCUGAAAAUGUCCGUCAAUGAGAUGUGUAAUAUGACUGCAGGAUGAUGUGUCUCUGGAUUGGUAGACCAUUUUGUCAUCUUGGCUUUAAUUCUAGUGUACAGUUGUUCACGAUGUCAGAGAAUUUCGUCCUCUAACUGCUAGUCCUUUUGAAUAUCUAUUGAGAAUUGAGCUCUAUAAAUUUUCAUACCA